GCUCUGAAGGAUCCGUACUGUGGCUGGUGUGUCUUGGAGGGCAGGUGUACUAGGAGAUCUGAUUGCAGGCGAGCAGAGGAGAAGAAUGGCUGGCUGUGGAGCCCUCGGCAGCAGUGUGUGAAGAUUGUGUCCUUCCACCCACCCAACCUCAGCUGUACAAAGACCCAGCAGGUGGAGAUCAACGUUCCCUCCCUCCCAUCCAUCGGUGGUUCGGACCGCCUGUGCUGUGUCUUCCGCUCCUUCCAAAGCGAAGGCACCAUGUCCGACUCCGGUCAGGUGACCUGCUCGCUCCCCCACACUGCCGCUCUCCCCCCAACACCGGAGGACCAGGACUUUGUAGCCGUGCCAGUGAAGAUCUACGUGAACGAGACAGUGGAGCUGGCAACCAGGGAGUUUAAGUUCUACAACUGCUCCGCCACAGUAAAGAAAGCGGAAAACACACCGUGCAUGUCCUGUGUGGCUAGUCCAUGGGGCUGCCAGUGGAACACCCGGGGCCACACCUGCAGUGACAUGGACGACACGGUCACAGACACCAUCAUCAGACACAAACAGAUGACAAAGUGUCCUCAGUUUGAGAACCCUGACCCCGUCCUCAUCCCUGUUGGCUUCAAAACCACCAUCAGCUUUGAGGGCAUCAACCUAGACCUCUACAAGGAUCGGACGUUCUCCAUCGGUACCGAGUUGAUGGGGAACACAGAGGAGGACGUCAGGACCGAAAAUGGACCUUUCUACAGUUUCAGCGGCUUCGCCUUUUCUUUCAACAAGUCACCAGAGACAAACGUGCUCUUCUAUGUGAAGGACAGAGACUCGGGCAAAAAGAUAGACAGCACACUGAAUGUGACUCUGUACAACUGCUCCAUGGGGCGAGAAGACUGCAGCCUGUGCAAGAACGCAGACCCCAAGUACAGGUGCGUGUGGUGCACCAGCAGGAAGUCGUGCGUGUACGAGAAGCUGUGCUCCGAAAACCCCCAGGACACGGAGUGCCCUGACCCCCAGAUCUCCGACAUCAUCCCUCGCUUCGGACCCAUGAGGGGGGGCAUCUCCGUCACCAUCAGGGGCUCCAACCUAGGCAUCCACAAGGAGGAUAUCAAGAGCAUCACUGUGGUGGGGGUCCCCUGCGCACACCAGGAUGACAAGUACACCGUCUCCACCAGUGUGGUGUGUGAGAUUGGCCUCCUGGACCCCCUGAGUACCAGCUGGGGCCAAGUAGAGGUGGAGGUGGCCGGAGGGAAGAGAGGAACCUCCUCUGUCUACUUUACAUACAGGGACCCCAUCCCCCAGGUGGUUCACCCCUCCAAGGGGCCCAAAGCUGGGGGGACACUUAUCACCAUAUCUGGCUCCAACCUGGACACUGCCACCAAGAACGACAUUCAAGUGACCGUCGGAGCGGUGGAGUGCACCGUAAUUCACUUCGGCCCCGAGAUCAUCUGCAAAACAGGACAGUACAAUGCUGAGAAAGUGCCGUCCCACCCGUUGACCAUGACGGUCAAGUACGGUCGGAAGACGACCACAACCAUCCACGCUGCCUUCCAGUUCUUGGAGAACCCCAACAUCCUGGAGCAUGACCCCAAAAGCAGCUUUGUCUGUGGAGGGAGGACGAUUGUAGUAACGGGCUCAGGGUUCGACCUCAUCCAGAGUGCCGUCAUAAAAGUUCAAGCUAUGGGGGAGGACUGGUCUGGAAUCGCCCAUAAGGAAUCUGAGUUCACCCAGGAGUGCCACAGUAAGAAUGACACCAUGCUUAAGUUCCAGUCCCCGGGGGUGAACAGCUCCUACCAGAUCCAGGACUACAGGACCUUCAUCCUGCUGGACAACUGGGAGAGGGAGCUCAAACCCUUUGACUACCACCAGGACCCCACCUUCGACGAGCUGACCAAGAAGGUCAUCACUCCCAGCAGCAUGAUCAUCGUCACCGGACAAGGCUUCUCCAAGGCCAUGACGGAGAAAGAGGCCCAGGCUUUUGUCGGGGACGUCCCCUGUGUGGUCAACACCCUGAAGGACGACAAGAUGUUUCUAGAACCUCCUUCCACCCAGCCCAGGGCUCGCUCCAAACGACAACGCCGGGACACAAGCUCUGACCCCCUGGACCUGCUGAUCAAGUUUGGGAACGGAGAGUGGGUGGUGGGAUCGGUCCACUACGAGAGGAAGUACGAGGUCCCCUUCCUGAUCAUCAUCCCUGCCGUCAUCAUCCCCAUGCUGCUCAUUAUAGCCAUCUCAGUCUACUGCUACAGGAGGAAGAGUCAGCAGGCAGAGAGGGAGUAUGAGAAAGUCAAACACCAACUUGAGAACUUGGAGGAGAGUGUUCGGGACCGCUGCAAGAAGGAGUUCACAGACCUGAUGAUUGAGAUGGAGGACCACACCAACGAGCUAAGCGAGGGCCGCAUCCCAUUCCUGGACUACAAGACCUACACGGACCGCGUCUUCUUCCUGCCCUCCAAGGACGGCGCCAACGACGUCAUGAUCACGGGCAAGCUAGACAUCCCUGAGAACCGCAAGGCCAUCGUGGCCCAGGCCCUCAACCAGUUCUCCAACCUGCUCAACAGCAAGACCUUCCUCAUCAAUUUCAUCCGCACGCUGGAGGGCCGUCCUGACUUCAACGCCAGGGCCAAGGUGUACUUCGCCUCGCUGCUCACGGUGGCCCUCCACGGCAAGCUGGAGUACUACACCGACAUCAUGAGGACCCUGCUGCUGGAGCUGAUGGAGGAGUAUGUUCAGAGCAAGAACCCCAAACUGAUGCUGCGCAGAUCAGAGACUGUGGUGGAGAGGAUGCUGUGCAACUGGAUGUCCAUCUGUCUCUACCAGUUCCUUAAGGACUCGGCGGGGGAACCCUUGUACAAACUGUUCCGUGCACUCAAGCACCAGAUAGAGAAGGGUCCUGUGGAUGCGUGUGUGAAGAAGGCCAAGUACACCCUCAAUGACACGGGCCUGCUGGGGGACGACGUGGAGUACUCCGUCCUGACCCUGCAGGUGCUGGUCCAUGGAGAGGGACCUGAUGUGACGCCUGUCAAGGUGCUGAACUGUGAAACCAUCUCCCAGGUGAAGGAGAAGAUCAUCGAGCAGGUCUACAAGAACUUGACUCACUCACAGAGACCCAAGGUGGACAGUGUCACGCUUGAGUGGCGCCCUGGCUCCACAGGGCAAAUCCUGUCUGACCUGGACCUGACAUCCCAGAAGGAGGGAAGGUGGAAGCGCAUCAACACGCUGGCCCACUACAACGUGCGAGACAACGCUACCCUGGUCCUGUCUAGAGUCCUUCACACUCAACAAAACUACGACCAGAACCAGGACAACCACGAGGAGAGAAACGCUCUGCUGGAGGAUGACAAGGUGUUCCACCUGGUGCGACCAGCAGAUGAGCUGGAUGAGAUCAAGUCUAAGAGAGGCAGCAUGAAGGACAAGUCCAUGACCAAAGCCAUCACGGAGAUCUACCUGACAAGACUGCUCUCUGUCAAGGGAACGUUGCAGCAGUUUGUCGACGAUUUCUUUCGGAGCGUUCUAUGCUCCGGGGCCGUGGUGCCGCCAGCCGUCAAGUACUUCUUUGACUUCCUGGAUGAGCAGGCACUGAAGCACGACAACGUGGACGAAGAGACCAUCCACAUCUGGAAGACCAACAGCUUGCCGUUGAGGUUCUGGGUGAACAUUCUGAAGAACCCCCACUUCAUCUUCGACGUCCACGUGACAGAAGUGGUGGACGCCUCGCUGUCCGUCAUCGCUCAGACCUUCAUGGAUGCCUGCACCAAGAGCGAGCACAAGCUGAGCCGGGACUCCCCAAGUAACAAACUACUCUAUGCAAAGGAGAUCUCCACAUACAAGAAGAUGGUGGAUGAUUACUAUAAGGGCGUCAGGCAGAUGGUAUCAGUAAGUGACCAGGACAUGAAUACUCAUCUGGCAGAGGUGUCUCGGUCACACACAGACAAGCUUAACACACAAGUGGCCCUGCAUCAGCUCUACCAGUACGCCAGCAAAUACUACGACGGGAUCAUCGCCUCCCUGGACGAGGACCCGGCAGCGCAGAGCAAACAGCUGACCCUGCGGCUACAGCAGAUAGCAGCCGCCCUCGAGCACAAAGUGACAGAUCUCUAACCCAAUGGACGGGAGGGCCAGGGGAUGGAGGGAGGGAGGGAUGGACAGAGAU